CCUGAAUGAGGGAACCUUUUAUUUUAUAUUGUAGGACCUGUGGUUAAAAAAAAAAGAUGAAGAGCUGGACUUUGCUUAUUUGUCUCUUCAGUGCUGUAUUUUCUCUUCCAGUGCCUCAUGCACAACAUCCUGGCUAUAUCAAUUUCAGUUAUGAGGUAAUGACUCCGUUAAAAUGGUAUCAAAGCCUGAUUGGACACCAGUAUCCACGUUACAGCUAUGAACCUAUGGGAGGAUGGAUGCACCACCAUGCAGGGCCAAUGAUGCCUCACCACUCUCCUUAUUCAGGCUUCCAGCAAAUUCAUGCACUGCCCCACCAAAUGCAUCCCUCACCGCAACACUUGCCACCACAUAUGAACACACCAGUGCAACCAGUUGGGCACAGCCCUUUUGGUCAAAUGCCUGGACAAAACACAAUGCCACACUAUCCGUCAGGAGUACCAGUUCCAAAUGCACUUCCACCACAUGCAGGAGAGCAUCCUGGGCACCACCAGCAACCUGGAAAUCCAAACCACCCAAUGCAGCCUGGCAGUCCACACCAGCCAGUGUACCCUGUGCAUCCAGUGCAGCCAAUGCCACCAGUGAUACAUGAUGCUCCUCUUGAACCAUGGCCAGGAACAGACAAGACCAAGCAAGAAGAAGUGGAUUAAAGGACCAGGAAAUCAGAAUAAUGCAAAACUAUGUUAGGUAUUUUUACUUGUUUCGAGAAACCAUCAUUCUCUUUCAGUUGGUGAUGCAGAUCUUCAUUAAUCAAAAAAUUUAGUGAAAACUAUAGCAUGAAAGCAAAUGAAUGCAAAAGUAGCAAACAAUAAAACCUGUUUUAAAUCAA